AUGGGUAGCAGUGAAGGAGAAGAAAUGAGGAAGAGGGCAAUGGUGAUUGCGGAGAAAAUUAGUGCUGCGAUGAGAGAAGAUGAAGGUGGUCAUCUCAAAGGGGGUGAUCUUCCAUAUCAGGAGGCCUUGAAGAAUUUCAUAGAUACCGUUUGUCAGAGACUUGGAAAUCCUUCUGAAUUCAGUUGUCCUUGUGUUGAUUGUAAGAAUCUCACUUUCCCACUUCCUCCGAAAGAAGUGCAUCUUCACUUGCUGAAACGAGGUUGGGAUCCUACAUACACUGAGUGGGUUUUUCACGGGGAGACUAUGCACACUUCUACUGAUGUACACCAAGAGGGAGCAACAAGGGGAUCAUAUCAUAUAGAUGCUGCUGUUGAAGCUGAUGCACAUAUCGAUCAGGGACAUGAACCUGUGCAAGAUGAGGGUUUGGAAAACCAUGUGGAAGAGGCGGACCCACCGUUAUAUCCUAAUUGUAAAACACACACAAAGUUAUCCAUCACUGUUGAAUUGUAUAGGCACAAAACAGUAAAUGGUUUAUCUAGGAAAUCUUUUGACGAACUUCUCAAGACAAUCGGUUCCUUGUUGCCGCCAGAUCAUUGUCUUCCUUGCUCAACAUAUGAAGUGAAAAAGCUCCUGAAAUCUUAUCAAUUGACUUACCAGAAAAUACAUGCUUGUAUUAAUGAUUGUUGUUUGUUUAGAAAAGAUUUGAAAGAUGCAGACGAGUGUCCUAAAUGUCAUUAUUCUAGGUGGAAGGCAGACACAUCUAACAUGGACGAUGCUGAAAUGAUAGACAAGCCGCAAAAGAAGAUACCGGUGAAGGUGCUUAGGUACUUCCCCAUUGUGCCGAGAUUGAGAAGAUUGUUUCAAUCAGCAGCACUGGCUGAGCAGUUGAUAUGGCACGCGACGAACAAGAGUAAGGAUGGGAAGAUGCGUCAUCCAACAGAUUCUUUGGCUUGGAAGCACAUAGACACAAAGUAUCCCGAGUUUGCUUCAGAUCCCCGUAAUUUGCGUCUUGGGCUUGCUGCUGAUGGAUUUAAUCCAUUUGGUGAUCUUUCCGCAGACCACAGUUGUUGGCCAGUGAUGCUCGUGGUUUAUAAUUUGCCCCCUCAAUUGUGUAUGCAAGGUGACAACAUAAUUCUGAGCAUGCAGAUUCCAGGAAAAAAACAACCGGGUAAUGACAUUGAUGUAUACUUGCAGCCCUUGAUUGAUGAUCUUUUUGAGUUUUGGGAGAAAGGGGUGCAGGUAUAUGAUUCGUUUACUAAAACAGAUUUUAACUUGAAGGCGUUAUUAAUGUGGACAAUAAACGAUUUCCCUGCAUAUGGUAAUUUAUCUGGAUGUACGUAUAAAGGGAAGGCAGCCUGUCCUCUUUGCGGUGAAAAUACACUUUCAAACUGGUUGGAAUUUAGUCGUAAAACUGUCUACUUGAAUCAUAGGAGAUUUCUUCGUCAUAAUCAUCCUCUUCGGCAGAAAAAAGACUGGUUUAAUGGAGAGAUUGAGAGGAAGGAAAAGCCACCUGUUAUGUCUGGUGCUGCGGCACUUGAAUGUCAGAAUAGUAUUACAAAUGAUUUUGGGAAAGCGGAGAAGAACGAGGAGGAGAUAAGGAAAAAGAAAGAUCAAAAGAAGAAGAAUCAGGGCAAGAGUAGUGCGGCAGCAAGUGCAAAUGUGGGUAAUUCUAAAUGUGGGAAGCGGAAAAGGGAUGUUGUUGUUGAUGCGGCUAUUUCUGGUGCAAAUGAUGAUGAAACUGAACUUCGGGUGGUCAAUAUUCUUCGACUUGCCUUACUGGAAGUGUUUGGGAAGUAUAAUGCAUCUGAGUACUCUUCCCAAUGUGAUAAAGCAUCGGCAACAUCAGUUUGA